UUAGAAGCAGGUGACCCAGGCUGGGCGGGAGAGGCCAGUCCGCCCGAGGCCGUGACUCCGCCGCGGACCCCGCCGCCGCUGCCGCCGCGCGCAGUUCAGUACCCGCCGGAGGUGGGCGAAAGGGUGCUAGAGCGCGGGGGAGGAGCCGAGCCCGGCGAGUCCCGGGAGAGCCGCCGCCGCCGCCCCCAGGAGUUCGCUGGAGCGCGGAGCCCCCUGCAGGGGAGGAGGCGAGCGGCGGGCGGGACGCGGCGGCGGGCGCGCCCCGUGCAGUCCCGGCGGGUCCGGCGCUGGCCGCUAGCGGUGCUGUGAGGCGGCGGGAUUCCCCGGUCGCCGCGCACCGCCUUCCUCUCGCCCAGGUGCUGCCAGGCGCGCUCACCCUUCGUCCGGCUCCCGGACCCUGGUGGAAGCACGGCCUGCCCCCGCCCUGAUCAUGCGGGGGGCCCCGGAGGAGGAGAGGGCGAGUGACCGGUCUGCGGCGACCUCGUUCAGGGGGCGACCCCCUCUCUGAGCCGCCCCCACAUGCUGCCAUGCGCUGCCUCUUCGGGUACCCAGUGUGUUGUCAAACUUUUCCGAUGCCAGCCCGUCUCUGAGUCUCGUUUCUGAGCGAAGUGUCCCAGAGACGGAGGACCCAGGCUGGCUACGGACUACUGCUUCUCUCGGGAUCCUCGGAGAGUACUUCCCCUGGAAUCGGAGCCCUAAACGUGCCUCCCCAGCCCUAUCCAGCGAAGAGCUGAGCGCUCCCUGCGGAGGCAGCGCCCUCCCGAAACAGUUUAUCUUUGGCCGGAUAUCUUUAAAAGAAAAAGAAACCAACAGGUUGCCAGCCCCAGCGCCGCACAGGUCCGCGGAGAGGGAAACCCCGAUCCCGGUCUCCCCCGCCUGAGCUGGCCCCACGCGGGCUGCGGGAGACGAGGGGAGGGAGGGGGCUAUGGCUCGGCCUGACCCGUCCGCGCCGCCUUCGCUGCUGCUGCUGCUCCUAGCGCAGCUGGCCGGCCGGGCGGCGGCCGCCUCCAAGGCCCCGGUGUGCCAGGAGAUCACAGUGCCCAUGUGCCGUGGCAUCGGCUACAACCUGACGCACAUGCCCAACCAGUUCAACCACGACACGCAGGACGAGGCGGGCCUGGAGGUGCACCAGUUCUGGCCGCUGGUGGAGAUCCACUGCUCGCCGGACCUGCGUUUCUUCCUGUGCUCCAUGUACACGCCCAUCUGCCUGCCCGACUACCACAAGCCACUGCCGCCCUGCCGCUCGGUGUGCGAGCGCGCCAAGGCCGGCUGCUCGCCGCUCAUGCGCCAGUACGGCUUUGCCUGGCCGGAGCGCAUGAGCUGCGACCGCCUGCCCGUGCUGGGCCGCGACGCCGAGGUCCUGUGCAUGGAUUACAACCGCAGCGAGGCCACCACGGCGCCCCCCAGGCCCUUCCCGGCCAAGCCCACCCUCUCAGGCCUGCCGGGGUCGCCGGCCUCGGGGAGCGACUGCGCCGCCGGGGGCCCGUCGGUGUGCAAGUGCCGCGAGCCCUUCGUGCCCAUUCUGAAGGAGUCGCACCCGCUUUACAACAAGGUGCGGACGGGCCAGGUACCCAACUGCGCGGUGCCCUGCUACCAGCCGUCCUUCAGCCCCGACGAGCGCACGUUCGCCACCUUCUGGAUCGGCCUGUGGUCUGUGCUGUGCUUCAUCUCCACGUCCACCACCGUGGCCACCUUCUUAAUAGACAUGGAACGCUUCCGCUACCCUGAGCGUCCCAUCAUCUUCCUGUCAGCCUGCUAUCUGUGCGUGUCACUGGGCUUCCUGGUGCGCCUGGUCGUGGGCCAUGCCAGCGUCGCCUGCAGCCGCGAGCACAGCCACAUCCACUACGAGACAACGGGCCCUGCGCUGUGCACUGUCGUCUUCCUGCUGGUCUACUUCUUUGGCAUGGCCAGCUCCAUCUGGUGGGUCAUCCUGUCGCUCACCUGGUUCUUGGCGGCUGGCAUGAAGUGGGGCAACGAGGCCAUCGCGGGCUACGCGCAGUACUUCCACCUGGCCGCGUGGCUCAUCCCCAGUGUCAAGUCCAUCACGGCGUUGGCACUGAGCUCCGUGGACGGGGACCCUGUGGCCGGCAUCUGCUACGUGGGGAACCAGAACCUGAACUCGCUGCGUGGCUUCGUGCUGGGCCCGCUGGUGCUCUACCUGCUGGUGGGCACGCUCUUCCUCUUGGCGGGCUUCGUGUCGCUCUUCCGCAUCCGCAGCGUCAUCAAGCAGGGCGGCACCAAGACGGACAAGCUGGAGAAGCUCAUGAUCCGCAUCGGCAUCUUCACACUGCUCUACACGGUGCCAGCCAGCAUCGUGGUGGCCUGCUACCUGUAUGAGCAGCACUAUCGCGAGAGCUGGGAGGCCGCGCUCACCUGCGCGUGCCCCGGCCCGGACUCCGGCCAGCCGCGCGCCAAGCCCGAGUACUGGGUGCUCAUGCUCAAGUACUUCAUGUGCCUCGUGGUGGGCAUCACGUCGGGCGUCUGGAUCUGGUCCGGCAAGACUGUGGAGUCGUGGCGGCGCUUCACUAGUCGCUGCUGCUGCCGCCCGCGGCGGGGCCACAAGAGCGGCGGCGCCACGGCCGCCGGGGACUACACCGAGGCGAGCGCAGCGCUCACCGGCAGGACCGGGCCGCCGGGCCCCGCCGCCGCCUACCACAAGCAGGUGUCCCUGUCGCACGUGUAGGAGGCGGCCGAGGCCGAGGGACCAGACGGGGGCCGGGAGUGGAGGGAGGGGGGUGGUUUUGUUUGGUAGCUUUGCCAAGGUCACUCCCGUUUACCUUCUUGGUGCUGAUGCCCCCUCCUGGGGCCACCUGGAGAGAGGGGAAGGGGGCCGUUUCAAGGGGAGUGCUUGUCCCAGGACUUCUCAAAGGGGUUCAGCUCCCGUUCUGUUCUAUCUUACUGCCUUUUCAAGGGGAACCCUGUUUUUAAUUUAUAUGUAGUUUUCUUAAUUUUUAACAUUGUUGCAUUUUGGCAACAAAAUUUAUCUUUGCUUUGGGGGCUUUACAAUCCUAAGGUUGACAUUAUAAUGAAGUUCCACUUGGUUCAGGUUUCUUUGAACUGUGUGCUCUAAAUUGGGAAAAUAUAUUUCCUAUACUUGUGUCUUUAAAAAUAAUGUGAACAGUGAAAGUUUGGGUUGCUGUGACUGGGAAGUGGUCCGCUGUGCUUUUCCAAGCUUGUUUCUCCUUCCACUGCUUAAAGUGUUCAAGAUGCGUUAAGGUGAGCUGCUUGUCCUUGUUUAUGGUUCCUAAGUUAGGGGCACCCCACGUCAUACCAAGGAGGGGGAGCAUACUGUGGUUCAGGCCUCCUGAAAGUGACAAGGUUAGGGAGUGUUUAGAGAUUCUUUGUCCCUCCUGGCUUUGUUUAGCAAGUUUCAGUUCCUUUUCUGUAGUACUUGUAAUCAUUCUCAUUCUUAAUAGUGCCAGCUUUGCUUGAGUAAGUUAGAGGUAGCAUUGUAGUGUUCAGAAUAAAUAUUUGGAAUAGUGAGAACCUAAGGGAUGGUGAUUGGUUGAACUUGAAGUCUAGAUUUUAAGAUGGCAGCUUUAUGCCGGAGGAGUGGGUGGUUCUUAACAGGCUUAAAUGAUCCCACUUUUU